AUGACGAGGCACCACCGUCACUACCGUGAAGGCGGCCGAGAUCAAGAGCCCUACGAAUACGGCUGGGAUCCCAUCUCCAUCCCUGGCGCCGCUCUCCCCCCAGUCCCAGUUGACAUCCCCAUCCCCGCCCCCGCCCCCUCACCACCAGGUUCCCUCGUCUCAUUCACCCCACCUCAUCGUGACCACGCUGAUCACUCCGACAGCAAAAGCAGGAGCAGGAGCAGGAGCAAGAGCAGCAGGAGGAGAGGAUUCUCGCCAACACCUUCCACCACCCCUCCCAAUCCGCGCCCAGUAUCACGCCGAUCCGUGACUGGCAGGUCCAUGAUUGGAAUGCCGACUGCAGCUACCGUCAUCGGCUCUGGAUACCGGGAAAAGGGCUGGGAUUAUGAUGAAGCAGACACCCCAAGGACACCCCGUCAGCGACACAGGGAUUUUGAAAAAGGUGGUUAUUUUGAAGACAGGGGCACGGCGAAUCUGAAGUCCAGGUGGGACAGGACAUCACAACUGCACUCUGCUGUCUUGAUACCACCGCCGUCGUCGGGAUAUCGCCAUGCCAGGUCCAGAUCUCUUUCCAUAUCACGAACCUCACCAUCAAGCAGCGUCAGUUCCUCCCCUGAGUUCUUUGGGAUAGGGGGUUUUCCUCCCAUCAGGACAAGUGAGCAUCGCCAUCGCAAGGACAACAAACACCACAACCACCAUGCCCCGUCAAAAAAGCACCACCCUCGCUCGUCACAACCACAACAUUGGUAUCAGCAUGAUGUCGCCAGUCAUUCCUCUCCCCGCGUUGCCCUUGCAGAAGCAGGUUGGCCUCUGACAACUUCGCGGCCUGUGUCACGGUCACCGCCGACGCACGAGCCGUACGUGCAAGAGUAUUCUCGGUAUGGACAUCAUGGCAGCGCUGGGCAGAACGGGAGUCGAGAGUAUCGCCCCCAACAUUUCGGCGGAUACGUUGCCGUUGAUAAUCUCCAUCAUUUCCCUGAAAAAAACGACCUCCGGAUGGGCCUUCAACGGAUGGGUCUCGCGAGCACAUCCGCCUUGACCGAACCCAACACAAACCGCACCAGACGUAAAGUGACGGGGACUGCAAGAAAAAGAAGCGAAUCUUCUAGUCGCGUGGCGGAGACUGAUGACGGUGUCCGUGAACGACUCCCACCCACCGGACAACAAUACAAAGAGGUCCACUGCCUUAUUCUCACCUGGUCCUUUCAUGACCUCCGAGCAGAGGAUUACAUGGCCCCGCCAGCAGCUGAUUACAUCUCCCUCGAAGACGAGAGCGAGCGCUUGAUUAAAACCCUCAAGAAUUACGGCUGGCAAGUCUCCGAACACCAUAUCGACAUGAACCGGCCCGUCGAAAGCACCACCGCAAGACUCAACAAGUUCUGUCAGCUGGCCUCGGACGAUGUCUUGUUGGUGGUGUACUACCACGGCCAUGGUUCCCUUGACGAGGACAAUGAACUCGUCUUUAGCAGCCACGACCACCCGGAAAACUCCGAGUGGGCCAAGAAAGCAGCUGCUGACUUGUACUCUGAGCUGCUAUCUCGCCAGAACGGAGGACACGGGCAGAACAAGGCGGCAUUUGAAGCCUUGAUGAAGAAGUACGAGCGAUACCGCCCUAUAUCGCACCUCCCCUGGUCCACCCUCCGCCAACCCCUCCUCACCUGCCCCUCGGACGUCCUCUUCAUCCUAGACUGCUGCGCCGCCGGCGGAGCCAACCUCCCUUCCUCUUCCAUCCCCCAGUCCAACACCUACACCAAACACCUCUUUGCCGCCUGCGGCUUCGAGUCCUCGACGUCCGACGACAUGACCGCAACCUUGUGCAACAUCCUGGAUGACAACGCUGCGCAGGGCGCCAACAAGACUGUUCUGACGACAAAGAGACUGCAUCAAUUGAUAGAGGAAAGCCUCCAAAAGAAGAACAACGGGGUGGGGACCAGCCAGCCGAUUUUCAAACAGCUGCUGCCAUUGGAUCCGGAAAGGAAGAUACACUUGCCUAAUCUGGGGAACCACCCGAAGGGGAGAGGGAGACGGAGCAGGCGGGAGAGUCAGAGCCAUGCGAAUAUGAAGAUGGUGGCGGUGAAUAGGAGGGGGAGCGAGGAGAGUAUGAAUGGGAUGAUGGUUCAUGGGGUUCAUCAUGGGAUGGGGAUGGUGAGGAGGGAGGGGAGCGUGAGGGGGUAUGUUCUUGCUUGAAGAAACACCCGGCUUCAAAGAUUCAGCGUGGAUGGAGUAAGGGCAAGAUUGUGUUUGAAUACUUUGUAUUUGUGCGACCUUUGGGAUUUUGGGUAGCAGGAAAUCUUCUGGCGCGUUUAUCAGCAUUAUUCGGUUGCAUGGGAAGGGAAGGGGCACGUUUAGCUUUUGCUUUUUGUCUUUUGCGAAAGUGCAAUCCAGCGCCAGCGCCAGGCAUCGCGCGGGAAAGGACGGGUUCUGUAUAGGUAGCUUUCUUUGUCUGUUAGUAUAAGCCAAUGUGAUAGUAGCAUAGCAUAUCUUCUUUUCUUUCCUUGAAGGCAACCAGACAUGAUCGACUGGAAAGGUGCCCUCAGUUACUGUUCUGUCAGGGGUGAAUGAUGACAGUGAGCACAGGCAGUGCUCUUGUCCUG